CAGAAAACGGAAACGGAAACGUCACUUGUUCCCCCUAAUGUGUUGUUUUUGGUCGUGGAGUCGUCAGCGAUUUUGUUUUGUUUUUACUAGACAGAGAUUUAUGUGUAGAGAUAUAUUUUAAAUAUUUCUUUUUGAUCUUGAUCUCAACGUGGUGUCAGCGUUUGGCACUUUCAAAAUGGACAGCGAGGUGUCUGAUUUGGACCAGGCGACGGGGCAGGAGAGCGGGAUGGAGGUCGAGAACGGAGAGAACGCUCCAGUCUACUGCAUCUGCCGGAAACCAGACAUCAACUGCUUUAUGAUUGGCUGUGAUAACUGUAAUGAAUGGUUUCAUGGUUACUGCAUCAACGUCACGGAGAAGAUGGCCAAGUCCAUCCGGGAAUGGUACUGUGAGAAGUGUAGAGGCCAGAAUUCCCUGCUGGAGAUUAAGUACCGUCCGAAGAAAUCCCGCGAGAAAGAGACAGAGCAGGAGAGGAGCGAGAAGGAGGAGAGGAAGCAGAGGGAGACUCCGGAGUUCAAGAUGGAUCGGAGACGAGGAUCCCGGAUUAAGCGCUCUGCUCGCAUGUGCGGGGAGUGUGAGCCGUGCAAACGCACGGAGGACUGCGCUCAGUGUGACUUCUGCAAGGACAUGAAGAAAUUCGGGGGGCCCAACAAGAUCCGACAGAAGUGCCGGUUCAGGCAGUGCGAGGUCCGGGCCAGGAAGAUGCUGCGAGUCCGUGAUGAGGAGUUCCUGUCCGGGAGGGAGCAGGACGACUCGAUGCAUUCGAAGGACUGCAACCUGUCUGACGAGUACGAUGAGCAGGAGCUGGAGCUGUACCAGCAGUACAGGGCAGCGGGAUAUGAUGACCACAACAUGCCCUGGCUCAGUGAUGAAGACGAUGGUCCGUUCCUGGACCCCGUGCUGCGCAAGCGAGCAGUGAAGGUCAAACACGUCAAGAGACGCGAGAAGAAAUCUGAGAAGAAGAAGGAGGAGAGCAAGUACCGCCGUCACAAGCAGAAGCAGAAGCACAAGGAGAAGGCUCGUCACAGCGAGCGGGGGGAGUCGAAGGAGACGGGGGCCCUGAAGCAGUGCCUGGGGCCGGGCUGUGUGGAGCUGGCGCGCCCCAACUCCAAAUACUGCUCCGAGGACUGCGGGAUGAAGCUCGCUGCCAAUCGUAUCUACGAGAUCCUGCCUCAGCGGAUCCAGCAGUGGCAGCAGAGCCCGUGCGUGGCGGAGGAGCAGGGGAAGAAGCUGCUGGAGCGGAUCCGCCGGGAGCAGCAGCAGGCCAGGCUGCGUCUGCAGGACAUGGAGCGCCGCUUCCACGAGCUGGAGAGCGUGGUGGUGAAGGCCAAGCAGCAGCACGUGCAGCAGGACGAGGAGGUGAACGAAGGCGAUAACGACGACACUGACCUGCAGAUCUUCUGCGUGUCCUGCAGUCACCCCAUCAACCCCAAGGUGGCGCUGCGGCACAUGGAGAGGUGCUACGCCAAGUACGAGAGCCAGACGUCUUUUGGGUCCAUGUACCCGACUCGAAUCGAGGGUGCCACUCGUCUGUUCUGCGAUGUCUACAACCCCCAAAGCAAGACUUACUGCAAGAGACUACAGGUGCUGUGCCCGGAGCACUCCAGAGACCCCAAGGUCCCUGCAGAUGAGGUGUGUGGGUGCCCCCUGGUGAGAGACGUCUUCGAGCCCACCGGAGAGUUCUGCCGGGUAGCCAAGCGCAAGUGUAACAAACACUACUGCUGGGAGAAACUGCGGAGAGCGGAGGUGGACCUGGAGCGAGUCCGAGUGUGGUACAAGCUGGACGAGCUGUUUGAGCAGGAGCGCAAUGUGAGGACCGCCAUGACCAACCGCGCUGGACUGCUAGCCUUGAUGCUGCACCAGACCAUCCAGCACGACCCCCUGACCACUGACCUGAGAACCAGCAAGGAGCGCUGAGACCAGGUGGCUGGCAGCUGUCGAUGAACUCCUGUCCCAGAGAGAGAACAGCUGUGUGGGGGGCUUCAUGUAAACGUAUGCCACGAAUGAAAUAAGAUUUGUACAAUUGUGUGUGUGGUGUUGUUUUUUUAAUUGUUUUUUUUUUCUAAUUAAGUUUUGAGAUUGACUUCGCUUCCUGGGCUGGUGGUUUGCUAAAGUCUUUCCGAAUCUCUUGCCUUUUUUUAGCUCUUUCUUCACACUGCGCUGAAAGAAACGCAUGCUACAGUUAACGUACAUAUCCAACUCAAAACAAGAUAGCUGUGGGCAAAACUUCUGCCAUGAACUAGUGUUUGCUUCAUAGAGUCCAAUGAAAGCUGCUGAAUAAUGUUCCCUUGUUAACAUAUUGAAUUCCACCCCCUCUAUAUAGAAUGAACUCCCUCAGCUUCAUAGAGUCCAAUGAAAGCUGCUGAAUAAUGUUCCCUUGUUAACAUAUUGAAUCACACCCCCUCUAUAUAGAAUGAACUCCCUCAGCUUCAUAGAGUCCAAUGAAAGCUGCUGAAUAAUGUUCCCUUGUUAACAUAUUGAAUUCCACCCCCUCUAUAUAGAAUGAACUCCCUCAGCUUCAUAGAGUCCAAUGAAAGCUGCUGAAUAAUGUUCCCUUGUUAACAUAUUGAAUCACACACCCUCUAUAUAGAAUGAACUCCCUCAGCUUCAUAGAGUCCAAUGAAAGCUGCUGAAUAAUGUUCCCUUGUUAACAUAUUGAAUUAAGCAGUGUUUUGGCGUUUUCCAGAUACUUAAUAAAAAAAACUGACAACAAUUAAAUUUGAUGACGUUUCAGCUCGUGGAAGUGCAAGUAAGGUCACAUUUUUACGGAAUUGUUUUGUGAGCAAUUUUUUUUUUUUUUUUUUUU